AUGGGUGAACUUGUGCAGCUGAAAAACGGUCAGAAGAUCGAAGAUUGGACGAUCGUGAAGAAAUUGGGCGAGGGCGCCUUCGGGGCCGUCUACGAGGUGAUGAAGGAGGGCGGGAAGAAGCACUACGCGCUGAAGGUGGAAGCCGAAAACGACCCAAUUGGCAUGCUCAAGAUGGAGGUGUACGUGAUGCAGGAGCUGAAGAAUACGAAGAAACGGGCCCGUCACUUCUGCGAGCUGGCCGACAAGGGCCACGCCUACAACUUCAACUACCUGGUGAUGACGCUCGUCGGCAAGAGCAUUCAGGACCUCCGCGCGUGCGCCCCGCAGCACAAAUUCUCGAUGGGCUGCGCGCUUUCGAUCGGGCGACUGUGCCUGGAGGCCGUCGAGGAUUUGCACGACGUCGGCAUUUUGCACAGGGACAUCAAGCCAGGCAACUACACGGUGGGCCGAAAGGACGAGGGCGAGCUGCGCACCGUCUACAUGUUGGACUUUGGCAUGGCGCGCAAGUUCAUCAACGAGAAAGGCGUGCUGCGCAACCCGAGGGCCAAGGCUGGAUUCAGGGGUACGGUGAAGUACGCGCCACUGGCCUGCCACGUGCAGCGUGAGCAGUGCCGCAAGGACGACAUUGAGAGCUGGCUGUACAUGCUGGUCGAGUUGACCGUCGGCCGUCUGCCGUGGCGCAACCUGACCGAGGUCAACGACGUCGGCAUGUUCAAGAAGGACUGCAAGGCGGCCAAGUAUCGAUGUCUGUUCGGCGGGUGCCCGCGACAAUUCACCAAAAUCUUCCCGCUGCUCGAGUUGGGCAAGUUCUUCGACGCCCCAGACUAUCAGGGCAUCUACAAGCUGCUCGACGAGGCGAUGAAGAGCACCAAGAGUGAGGAAUUCCCGUACGAUUGGGAGCGCGAGGACUGGGACGCGCGCGUCGCCGAGCAGAAGGCCCAAGAGCUGGCCGCGAAGGCUGAGCGCGCCAAGAAGCUCAAGGGAGGAAAAGCCGGCACGCCCAAGGAGGGCGCCUCUCCCGCUGCAGCCGCCGCCCCCGCCGCCACCAGCCCCGCCGCCGACACGCCCAAGAAAGACGGCUCGAAGAAGGACAAGAAAGAAUCGAAGAAAGAAAAGAAGGAAGCCUCAAAGAAAGAGAAGAAGGAAUCCAAGAAGGAAUCGAAGAAAGAGAAGAAAGAGUCGAAGAAGGAGAAAAAGGAAGAGAAAAAGGAGGAAAAGAAGGAAGAGAAAAAAGACGAGAAGAAAGAGGAGAAGAAGGAGGACGACAAGAAGGAGGACGACAAGAAAGAGGAAAAGAAGGAAGACGACAAGAAGGAGGAGCCCGAGAAGAAGGAGGACAAGAAGGAGGACGAGAAAAAGGAGGAGGACAAGAAGGAGGACAAGAAAGAGGAGCCCGAGAAGAAGGAGGACGAGAAGAAGGAGGAGCCCGAGAAGAAG